UCCCCUGUUAAAUGAUUAAUUUCACUCUCAUUUACCCAUAGGAAGCCUCUCUGAAACCAAUUGCUUACAGCUUUAUCAGGGAGUUAUGCUGAGCUUUGACAUAAGUCUGUUUCAUUCCUCUGAGAAUGUUAUUGCUGAAGAAAAUAUAUAAAAAAACUAUAGAAAAAGUGCGACGUCUAGAGGAUUUUGUAGAAACACGUUCUUUGUAGGAAAAGAAUACUGCAUUGCUAAAGGUAUUUAUUUAAUAUAAUCAACGAUUAUACUAUUAUAGAAAGAGAAAUGUUCUGGACUUAUUGCCCGUAAGCUGAAUUUUACCAUUCGUUUGUGCUCUUUAUUCAAUUAAUUUGAGUGCUUUUGUAUACGUAAUAUAUUCUCAUAUUUUAUUUUAGGUUUAUUUUAGUAUUUUAAAGCUUUUGUUCUAUUUCGUCUGUGCUUAUUUUAAGAUAGGCUACUUCAAAAAUCCUCGAAAAGCUUUCUACAUGGUCCACCACAAACAGAUGUGCCACGAAAUGACUCUUUAUUAUUGUUUGUUGUUUAUGGCAACAUCAUAUGAUCUAUAUGUCCCUUGUUGUGUCUCCAUGUACAAGUUCACGCGUCACUCGCGGAAAGAUCAAUGCGCGCACCUGAACCACCGUAGCACGUCCCUAACAUCGCGAAUCACGACCGAGGAACAUGCAGGUCCCUCCAAGGAUGAAACCUUAGUCGAGGUUUGACGAAUUCAAUGGAAAGCGAACAACACAGCAUUGACAGAAAGAGAGCGCCUCAGCAGUGGAAAAGUUGCAAGCUCAUUAUAGACCCUUUGUUGACGAAUGGAUUGUAUAAAGUAUAUCGCUACGAUGGACACUCUUUCAACAUCCCCGUGGACGACCUAGGAGUGUUCCCCGUGGAAACUGUUCGUGAUCCUCGCAUCUGUCGCCUGUGGAGCAAGUGCACAAGCGCUGAGUUAGCGAUUCCUAACUAUAAGAUCGACGAGUACUAUGUGGGUCCAGUUCCUCUUAAAGAAGUGACGUUUGCCCGGUUAAAUGACAACGUGAAGGAAGCGUUCUUGACCGAAAUGUGCAAAAAGUAUGGUGAAGUGGACGAAGUGGAAAUAUUCUACAACCCUAAGACCAUAAAGCAUUUAGGAAUCGGAAAAGUGAUUUUUGACACUGUCAAGGCUGCGAGAGACACUGUGCGACACCUCCAUGACACGUCUGUGAUGGGGAACAUCAUCCACGUAGAGGUCGAUCCAAAAGGUGAAAACCGGAAGCGUUACUUCAAACUUCUAGUAGAUGGAAUUUAUACCCCUUGGACAUUACCAGUGGGAAGCAAUGAGCAAAGCCUUCAAAGUCUUAUUGACACUUUACCGUCUCAACAGGGCUGUAAACCUCCAGGAAGAGAGAGUUUCAUCUGCAGUCCCACCAGCAUCAGUACCCCUCUGUCUCUGGACACAGCCUACUCCAGCAUCUGCCAAGACACGCCUCAAAGCUUCGGCCUGACCCCUCGUUCUCAGGGAACCCCUUGCACCCCUUACCUCUCCGGGACACCCCUCUCACAGGACUCCUGCUACUCCAGCCUGCAGGCCACCCCCGUCCAGCAGGGGGAACCCCCCGCGCACACCAUCCAUACCGUGUCCCGACGGGACGUCUAUCGCAAACCAGGGAGGCACAACGGAAGACACCGCAAAGCCUCGUACCUCAGCUGCCUCUUCAAGCACGUCCGCCCGCAGCCGCCGCUGCCGCUCUUCGGCCAGACACUGGGGGCAGACAGCGGUUCGCAAGCGGCUUUGUGUGUCGAGAACUCGCCGCCCUCCGGUGGAGGGCCCACAGAUCCCUCCUCCGGCUUCUUCCCCUCCAGAUCCCAAGGGGUCGUCACCGCCGCCCUCAGUCUCGGCCACGGCUCGCCCUCCCAACCCCUCGGCACAAACGGCUUCUCCGACCGGGACGACGGAGCGCUCUCCCCCCCGGCGUUCCGUCCGGGCGUCACGGAGCUACCGCCCUCUCCGGUCGCCGCCUCUCCGGGGGGCCUCCGCGAUGAGUCGGAGAGCCUGGACUCCCGCAUCGAGAUGCUGCUGAACAAGAGCCGUGGCGCCGCCGACGCCUCCUUCCCCUCCUCCGCGUUACCCGCUGGAGACGGUACAGAGGGCGUGGGGGAACCGCCGACAGCCUUUUUUGCACACCGCUCUUCUCAGUACCGCCCGGCCUCAGACCCGGUGUCGGUGGACUCGGCGCGGACCGGCACUGGCUCCCUGACGCCAAGCCGCCGUUCCGGGGCCGUGAGCCCAUCUCCUGUCCCUGAGGACGACGAGGAGGACGAGACGGUCCAGGCAGUGGCCUCUCUCCUGAGAGUCACUCCGUCUCCCCUGCUGUCCCCUCUCAGAAAUACAGGGAGGAGGGUGAAUCCUCAAUACUCAAAAAGACUCAGAUCAGAGGAUCGCUAUGUCAAGCAGGACAAGAGGAGCCCUGCGAGCAGAAGGUCUGCAGUGUUCACAUCCAAAGGAACCUUCCAGUCUCCUCCCCCCUCCUUCCCUGGCCCCGCCCGGAUACGGACCCCCCACUUCAGGUUCCCCCUUCCCUCCAUCCCCCCCUCUGUUCCCCUGUUCCCUCUGCGCCUGCCCAACGGCACCAUCCCCUUUCCUCCGCCCUGCUGGCCCCCGCCUCCCUCUCUGGGCCCGGGCUGUGGCAUCGCCAGACCCCCUCCGUCCAUCCCUCCACCUCCACCACCACCCACUUUGCUCGGGCCGCGUCCAACACUUAUGGCACCGCCCGCUGCUGCUGUGCAUCCUGGGCACUCCUACCCUUUACACGUGCAACCCCCCCAGCACCUGGGCAUGCCCAGCCUGCCAGGGCAGGCCAGCGCCCCCUGGGCCGGUCUGCCCCUGCCCCGCUUCAACCCCUUCAUGCCUCCGCCAGGGUAUGAGCCCCGAAGGGAGGACCCUCACAGAGGGACCGUGGAGAAGGUUAUACAGGUGUUCAUGGAAGAGCUGUCGUCCAUCAUUAAGAAGGACAUCACACGCAGAAUGGUGGAAGUGGUGGCCUUCAAGGCCUUUGACAAAUGGUGGGACGACCAGGAGCAGAAGUCUAAAAUGUUCGAGGUCCCUUUACAGACAGGCUCAGGAAGACCUGAACAGAGGGCUAAACCAAAGAAGCCACUAUGCCCGAUCAUCGGCCAGCAUAAACCAGUUCAACUGCCCUCCUUCAAGGUGAAAAGGAAAGAAUCACUUGACCCCGGCACCUCAGAGGCCUCACAAAACACACGUCACACGUCACCUCCACAUCAGCACAACGUUCCACCUGAAAACACAGAACCAGAGAAGGUACGCGAUGGCGACGAGCUCAGGUCGGAGACGGCUGACGCGUGGAGCGGCGGCGGUGCAGCGCUCAGACGGAGGCACGCCCGGCCGUUGCUGCUGGACGACUCCGACGACGAGGCGGAGGAAGGUGGCGCUGCGAAGACGAAGGAGAAUGAGAUUCACCACCAGGAGGAAGAAGAGCGUUCCGGAGCGGUCAGGGCAGCUCCUCUCACCCAGUGUAACACAGAGGACCAUGAUGAGAUGGAGAACCAGAAUGUACAAAGUCAGACGGAGCAUGAAGAGGUCAUCAUCUCCAGUGCUGAGUGUUUCUCAGACAGCGAGUCUCUUUCAGAGGUGUGCAGCAGCUUCUGGGAGGACAGCGAUGGCUCCUCGGUCUCCGGCUCCUCAGUCUCAGGCACCGAGAGCAACAAGGCCCCCUCGGUCUCCGGCUCUGAGAGCAUGGAGGGCUCAUCGGUCUCCAGCGCCUCGGUCUCAGGCUCUGAGAGCAUCGAGGCCUCCUCCGACUGUGACCUCAGCUCUGAGGAGGAAGACUAUAGCUGCAAAGAGCCGGACAGCGAUGAAGGCUACAUUGUUAUAUCAUCGGACGAGGAGCGGAUAGACCUGGAGUCCCCUGCCAGCCCCCGGGCUCCCCAGACACCCCAGACCCCGCAGACCCCGCAGACCCCGCAGACCCCGCAGACCCCGCUCACCCCGGGGGCCAGGCUGGAGCUGACCGGACUGCAGGACUGGUACGACGGUCUGGAAGGAGAGAGUCCUGGGAAAGACCAAUACACGGACCUGCUGGACCCGUUGCUGGAGAACUACCCAGCAGGCUUGCACCCGGGUCCUCUCCAGUCUCCCUUCAUGCAAGGGAUGGAGGCCACCUUCGACCUGCCGAUGGACAGCCCCGAGUGGAGACCGGACUCACCGGCGACCCUGGAGACCCUGCGGCCGCCGACCCCGACCGGCUCCCUGGGGUACGGCGACCCGGACCUUCUGGUGGGGGGCAAGCCGACGCCCCCUGCAGCGGAGGCGGCCGAGCGGCCACGCACCCCCGGCCGCGGCAUCGCCGGGGAGGACUCCGCAGACGAGUUCCUCUCCCUGCCUCUGACGGGACGCCUGGUGGCCAACCCCCUGCUCUCCCCCUCCCCGGAGCUCCACGCUUCGUACCCCACCGACCAGGACCGGCCCAAGACCCCGGGGAGGGAGGAGGGGAGAGGAUGGGGUCUCCCGCAUGCCUCCGCAAGGGUGCCGGCCACACCAGGGGGAGCGGCGAGUCCCUUGAAGGAGGCCACCGCCGCGAUGUUUACCCCCCCGCUGUCCUUGUGCAGCCACCCCUACGUCAGAACUCCCAGGACCCCUGGCCGGGACAUUGUCCUCCGCCACGGACCUCCCGCCCGCAGGAGGAGGAGGAGGAGUGGGGCGAUGGGAGGAAGGGGUGGUCCGCCCUCUGAAGGGUCUCCUCUUCCCCACCGCUUUCUCCCAGACUCCUCAGCAGAGCCCCAGGCCUCUAAGGGCCCGUGGGUCACCUUGGCAACCGUCUCCAGGCCUCUCCAAGGGCUGGAGAACAUGCCUGGGCUCCUGCACAGUGACGGCCAGAGGGGGGCCUGCCGGGAGAGAGGGGAGCAGUGGAGGUGGCAGAGGGAGAGGAGGGCGAGGAGGAAGAGGAGGAGACGGUGGGCGCACCAGCGGAGACGACGGAGGUGGUCUAAACCCCCUCCCUGCCGGUCGCCCCCCUGGUCCCGGUCCCAGUGCGAGGAGACGGAGGUCCUCCACGACGUGUGGAGGGAGGGCCUGGAUGAGGAGGACGCUCGGCACCUGCUGCUCUCCCACCAGAGGCUGCUGCGCCGGGACAACGGGCUGGGCUGGCUCAGUGACACCCUGUGGGUGCCUCACGUGGUUGAUGCAAUGCAUAGCUUAGAGCUCUUAGAUAUUAAAUGUCAUCCCUGGUUGCAAGAACUCGACAACAAUAUGAACUUGGGUUAUUUUAGGUCAUACUGCAUCCACCCGCCCACCCCAGUGACGUUACUAGUUGACAUCCUUGACUCCUCACCACUGACCAGCAGCACCCCGGGGAGCGGUGAGGACCGUGGCGCCGAGCGCGGCAGCGGCUGCGCCCGCAGCGAGGGCUUCUACACCAUCAGCCGGACAGAGAAACUCAAGAAUCUGAACGACGCACGACUGGCCCCAGAGCCGCCGGCCACCAGCGCACUGGGCUUCUCCACGUCAGCCCACCCUCAGAGCUCGCUAAGGGCCGGCUCCGACUUCAGGUCGGAACAGCGCCGCCUGCUGUCCUCCUUCAGCUGUGACAGCGACCUGGUCAAGUUCAACCAGCUGAAGUUCCGCAAGAAGAGGAUCCGUUUUGCCAGGAGCCACAUCCACGACUGGGGCCUCUUUGCCUUGGAACCCAUAGCAGCAGACGAGCUGGUCAUUGAGUAUGUGGGCCAGACCAUCAGACAGGUGAUCGCGGACAUGCGGGAGAAGCAGUACGAGGAGCAGGGCAUCGGGAGCAGCUACCUCUUCAGGGUGGACCAGGACACCAUCAUAGACGCCACCAAGUGUGGGAACCUGGCCCGCUUCAUCAACCACAGCUGCAACCCCAACUGCUACGCCAAGAUCAUCACGGUGGAGUCCCAGAAGAAGAUCGUCAUCUACUCCAGGCAGCCCAUCGCCGUCAGCGAGGAGAUCACCUAUGACUACAAAUUCCCCAUCGAAGACGAGAAGAUCCCCUGCCUGUGUGGGGCUGACGGCUGCCAUGGCACCCUGAACUAGCCUGUUCUGCACCCUGAACUAGCCUGUCCUGCACCCUGAUCUAGCCUGUCCUGCACCCUGAGCUAGCAUGUCCUGGGACCCUGAACUAGCCUGUCCUGGCACCCUGAACUAGCCUGUCCUGGGACCCUGAACUAGCCUGUCCUGCACCCUGAACUAGCCUGUCCUGCACCCUGAACUAG